AUGCAGUUCCUCGCCGUUGCCGCUCUCCUCUUCACCGCAGCUUUUGCUGCUCCCUCUUCUGAGGCCCACGGACUCCGUCGUCGUGACCAGGCGUGGUGCCCCGACGGUUUAUACGCGAGCCCCCAGUGCUGUGAUGUCGACGUUCUUGGCGUCGCUGCUCUCGAUUGCCGUACUCCUCCCGUGGCGCCGAGCAAAUGCAAGUCGUUUGGCAGCGUCUGUGCCGCCAUCGGCCUUCAGCCCAAGUGCUGCGUCCUUCCUGUUGCUGGAGUUGCUGUUCUCUGCACUGAUCCCCUCCCCCCUGCUUUCUAA